UUUUCAAUUUUAUUGUACGAAAUAGUUUGUUUUCUUUCAGACAAUGUUCUUGUCACACAAAGAAUACAAUCGACUUGACUUGCAAUUUUUUUUAAACAACAAAUCGAGCGUCGAGAAAAGUUUCUAUUUUUGGAUUUUUCAAAUAUUAACAGUUGUAGCUCCGUGACUUGAAGAUAUAUCGAUUCCAAGAUUAUUUAACCUUAUCUUUGUGUAGCUAGUCUUCGUAUUGUGAGUUUGUUAUUGCAAAUGGGAAGUUCAUGUUUACCUCCCGGAUUCCGGUUUCAUCCUACCGAUGAAGAACUCAUCGAAUACUACUUGAAAAGAAAAGUCGAAGGUCUCGAAAUCGAGCUCGAAGUCAUCCCCGUUAUCGAUCUUUAUAGUUUCGAUCCUUGGGAGUUACCAGACAAGUCUUUUCUCCCAAACCGGGACAUGGAAUGGUUCUUCUUCUGUUCAAGGGACAAAAAAUAUCCUAAUGGCUUCCGUACGAACCGAGGAACAAAGGCUGGGUAUUGGAAAGCAACUGGAAAAGAUCGGAAAAUUACAUCUCGUUCAUCUUCUAUAAUUGGCUUUAGGAAAACUCUAGUUUUCUAUAAAGGUCGUGCCCCGUUAGGCGAUAGAAGCAAUUGGAUCAUGCAUGAAUAUCGACUAUGCGAUGAUGAUUCAUCACAAGGACCACAACAUUUUAAGGGAGCUUUUGUGUUAUGUCGUGUUGCUAUGAAGAAUGAGAUCAAAACAAAUUCGAAAAUCCGAAAAAUUCCAAGCGAACAAACUAUAAGAUCAGGAGAAAGCUCGGGGUUUUCAAGCCGAGUAUCAUCUCCUAGUCGCGAUGAAACAACGCCAUUUCACUCAUUUGCCAAUCCUAUAUCUACUGAAAAUGAAUCUUCCAACAUUUGGAUUUCACCUGACUUUAUUCUCGAUUCUUCAAAAGACUAUCCUCAAAUCCAAGAUGUUGCAUCUCAGUACUUGGACCAACAAGACUUUGAUUUUUCGAUCAUUGGUAACCAAAACAUGGAUUUUCUGGCAAGUACCAGCUUAGAUCAGAACAUGGAUGAGUCUAUGCAAUAUUGGACAAAUUGUGGAUACGAUCAAACCGGCUUCUUUGGUUAUUCGGAAUUCUCCUAGACCGGAGUAUUUGGUCGUCUCUCUUUUACGACAAAAACGCCUUUUAUUGUUUUUGAGUCUUGGAAGACUUUUAGCAUUGGUCUUAUGGUCUUGGUCUAUAUAUGAAUGACUUUUACUAUUCUGUUUACUUUUUUUUUUUUUGGUGUGGAUUUAUAUAUUUUAUGUAAAAAAUAUGAAGUUGUAUUCUGUAAUCAAUAUAGUUUCUU